UGCUCUAUCAAUUCAAAACGCCCUAUAGCAAAAAUGAUUUUUUCGUAUUUUUGCAGUGUCGCCAUUUUGGUUUUCAUUUCGACUUGUGCUGCGUUCGGUGAAACCAGUGAAACGUUUGAACCUUCGAGAGAACAAAGAAGCGUAGGACAUCGCAUGUCCGUCAUAAGGGUGGGAAAAAAAUUCGACGAUUUGCCCAGCGGAGAUGACGCUUCUCUGCCAGCUCGGUUCUACCUAGGAUUGAGAAAUUCAAAACGAUUACAAUUGGAUACAUCGGAUAGAACAGCACCUAGAAGAAGAUUCCUGUCGCCAGUUAGAACCGGCAAAAGAUCGAUUGAUUCGGACGAAGAAAUAGAAAUGAAACGAGCUGCCAAAUUUGUGGUAUUUCCGAGAGUAGGUCGAAUAGGAACCAACAUGUGGGAUUUGUCCGAAUUCGGGAACAGUUUGCAAAAAAGAGGGGAUGAAUCAAAAUCGAAUAACGGUAUAUGGUUCGGACCUCGCAUCGGCAGAUCAUCCGACGUUGACGAGGGGAACUAUCCUUGGACGUACGUGCUUUUGAACGGUUCAAAAUUGGAGCCAUCCGCAAGUGACGAUCAAGAUAAAAACGAAGGGGAAAAUGAAGAAGAGUAAAAAUAAAUCCUAGAAAAAUCGUAUGUUCAAAUCCGUUCAAAACUUCUGCUAAUUGGUGUAAACAAAAAACCGAGAAUUGUAUCGAAUAAUGUCGCUAAUAAAUGUUUAACUUCCAAGAUGUUGUUGUAGCAUUAGGCUGGAAUGUUAUAACAAUAUCGUUAAUUGUGUACAUUUAUAAAUUUACUUGUUAUAAUAAAACUGAAAAAU